UAUAUAUGGCUGAUACAUUUGAUGAACAGUGUGAUUAUCUAUUCAAAGCAGUUCUAGUUGGGGACUCUGGAGUUGGGAAAUCAAACUUGUUAUCAAGAUUUGCAAAAGAUGAAUUCCUUUUAGAUUCCAAACCCACCAUAGGUGUGGAAUUUGCUUACAGGAACAUAAGGGUCAAAGACAAACUCAUCAAAGCACAGAUUUGGGACACUGCUGGCCAAGAAAGAUUUAGAGCUAUUACAAGUUCAUACUACAGAGGAGCCUUGGGAGCAAUACUAGUCUAUGACAUAACCAGAAAAUCGACUUUCGGAAACGUGAAGAAAUGGUUGCAUGAGCUAAGAGAGUUUGGAGGUGAAGACAUGGUGGUCGUUCUGGUCGGAAACAAAUCUGAUUUGGUUCAGUCAAGGGAAGUUGAGAAGGAAGAAGCGAAAGGGCUUGCGGAAACAGAAAGGUUAUGCUUCAUGGAAACGUCUGCUAUGCAGAACCUGAAUGUUGAGCAAGCAUUCUUGCAAAUGAUAACUAAGAUCCAUGACAUCACAAGCCAGAAAAUGUUGGAGGCCAAGAAAGAGAAUGGCACAACAUUGAGGAUUUCAGGUAGGAAGGAAAUUCACGUAACUGAUGAAGUCACUGCUACUAAACAAGCUAGUUGUUGUUCAAGAUGAAAACAUACACAUCAUUGAAGGUGCAAAUACUUUCUGUAUAGGAAUUGUUUUGUAUGCUCAUUUUACUUUCCCACACUCCAUCUAAUAGUAUAUGAGUGUAUGUUAGCUCAAUGUAGGUGACAAUAAUGAAAACAGAUAACACAUCUCAUCUGUAUAACUGAGUUCUUGUUUCUUCCUACUUCCCCACUUCUUCCUUUCCUGUCUUUUUUGUUUGCUUUUUUUUUUCCCUUUGUCUAA